AGGGCGGUGGCAUGGUGUGGUGGAGGAGGUGGCCCGAGGGGUGGGCCCUCUGUCCAAUGCAGCGCCUUGCCCUCAUCAGCAUUCUCCUCGCGGGGGCCCCCCAGCCGGACCAACGGGCUCCCCCUCCCCCGACUCCCCUCUCUCCGAUCUCUCCCUCUCUCUCCGUCUUCCUCUCUCUCUAUCUCCGCCUGCCUCCCUCCCUUCCUCCUGCCCGCUCUCCUCCCUGUCUCCCUCCCUCGCUCCCUCCUCUCUCCCCCCACCCCCCUGCGCUCCAGGACCCAGCGCGGGCGGCAGGCGGGCAGGCAGGCGGCGGCCUCGGAGGGGAGAAGAAGUGGCGGCGGCGGCGGGGAGGGAGGCCCAGCUGGGAGCCCGGAGCCGGCGGCUGCUCCUCGCAAGGGACCAGGAGUCCGUGGCCAGGCCCUCCCGCCGAGGCCCUGCGCUGGGCGCCCCGGGACACCCCACCCUCCUCCGCCUUCCUCUUCCACCUGCUCCUCUCCAUCCUCCCCUCCCUCCUCUUCUCCAUCUCUCCACCUCUCCGGCCCGGCUCGUCGGCGGCGGCUCUUCUCGGGGUCUCCCAGCACCCCCUCCUACCCCGGCCCCGCCACUCGUCCGCCUCUCCCCGCCCCCAGCAUGCCUUCCCGGCGCGGGCUGAGGGCUUGAGGACUCCAGGCCCCAGCCUCCUCAUCCAGGGCCGGCCCGGGCUCCAGGGGGGAGGGGGGAAGGGGUGCCCCCCCCCCCCCCCCCAGCCAGCCCUCCCCUCCCCCACCUCUCCUGAUGGCCGGCUUCCCUGUCGCCACCCAGGCCUCGCCCCCUGUGGCCCCCCCAGGCCGGCCCGGCUAGGGGAGGGGGCGGGGGCCCUUGCCUGGGCCGGCUUCCCCCUCCCCCGGCUCUGCCUGUGCCCCCUCCCUUGCGUUUUCACCUUCCUGCCUCCUUUCCCUCUCCUCUCUCCCCUUCCCUCCUCCAUUUUCUCCUUUCCCCUUCCUCCCCUCCCUGCCCGCCCUCUUCUCUUCCACCUGUCCUUCCUCCUUGCCCCCCGGGGAGCCCCCUGUUUGGGAUUAGUUGGGGGCCACCGCCAGAGGCGGGGGAGGGGGCCCUGUGGACUGCCCUCUCCCCCCCCGCCCCAACCACGCCGCCCAGCGCCGGAGCAUCUCCCCCUUGUCGAUCCGAUCCUUGGGCCUCGAGGGAGCCCAGCCCUCCGUCCCACCAGGAUCCGUGGCAAGUGGGGGCCGCGGCAGCUGCGUCCCCAUGAGGAGGGGAGGAAGAUGCCGGCUGAGCUGCUGCUGCUGCUGAUUGUCGCCUUCGCCAGCCCCAGCCGCCAGGUGCUCUCAUCACUGCGCAUGGCUGCCAUCCUGGAUGACCAGACAGUGUGUGGCCGCGGCGAACGUCUGGCCCUGGCCCUGGCCCGGGAGCAGAUCAACGGGAUCAUCGAGGUCCCAGCCAAGGCCCGCGUGGAAGUGGACAUCUUUGAGCUGCAGCGGGACAGCCAGUACGAGACCACGGACACCAUGUGUCAGAUCCUGCCCAAGGGGGUUGUGUCUGUCCUGGGACCCUCCUCUAGCCCCGCGUCCGCCUCCACCGUGAGCCAUAUCUGUGGAGAGAAGGAGAUCCCCCACAUCAAGGUGGGUCCCGAGGAGACGCCCCGCCUUCAGUACCUCCGCUUCGCGUCCGUCAGCUUGUACCCCAGUAACGAGGACGUCAGCCUGGCCGUCUCCCGGAUCCUCAAGUCCUUCAACUACCCCUCAGCCAGCCUCAUCUGCGCCAAGGCCGAGUGCCUGCUGCGAUUGGAGGAGCUGGUGCGUGGCUUCCUCAUCUCCAAGGAGACGCUGUCUGUGAGGAUGCUGGAUGACAGCCGGGACCCCACGCCCCUGCUCAAGGAGAUCCGUGACGACAAAGUGUCCACCAUCAUCAUCGACGCCAAUGCAUCCAUCUCCCACCUCAUUCUCCGUAAGGCCUCAGAGCUGGGAAUGACCUCAGCGUUUUACAAGUACAUCCUCACCACCAUGGACUUCCCCAUCCUGCACUUGGACGGGGUCGUGGAGGACUCCUCCAACAUCCUGGGCUUCUCCAUGUUCAACACCUCGCACCCCUUCUAUCCCGAGUUCGUGCGCAGCCUCAACAUGUCCUGGAGGGAGAACUGUGAAGCCAGCACCUACCCCGGCCCUGCGCUGUCGGCUGCCCUGAUGUUUGAUGCCGUGCAUGUGGUGGUGAGCGCCGUCCGGGAGCUGAACCGCAGCCAGGAGAUCGGCGUGAAGCCUCUGGCCUGUACAUCGGCCAACAUUUGGCCCCACGGGACCAGCCUCAUGAACUACCUGCGCAUGGUAGAGUAUGACGGGCUAACUGGGCGGGUCGAGUUCAACAGCAAAGGGCAGAGGACCAACUACACGCUGCGCAUCUUGGAGAAGUCUCGGCAGGGCCACCGGGAGAUCGGGGUGUGGUACUCUAACCGGACGCUGGCCAUGAACGCCACCACCCUGGAUAUCAACCUGUCACAGACGCUGGCCAACAAGACGCUGGUGGUUACGACCAUCCUGGAGAACCCGUACGUCAUGCGCCGGCCCAACUUCCAGGCUCUGUCCGGGAACGAGCGCUUCGAGGGCUUCUGCGUGGACAUGCUGCGGGAGCUGGCCGAGCUGCUGCGCUUCCGGUACCGCCUGCGCCUGGUGGAGGACGGGCUGUACGGGGCGCCCGAGCCCAAUGGCUCCUGGACGGGCAUGGUUGGCGAGCUCAUCAACCGGGCUUUAAAGAUCUUGGUUCCUCAACCAGGGAUUGAACCCAGGGCCCCAGCAGUGAAAGUGUGGAUUCCUAAUCACUGGACCACCAGGGAACUACUGGAACCACCCUGUAGUUCCUUUUUCUUCCAGACACUAGAAGCUGCAUGGGCAAAUGCCCAGAAAAGACAAACAGGCCCCUGGCUUAGGGCAUGUCCAGGGCAGGUGUGUGGAGCAGGGACCUUUGGCCAUAAACAGUCAGGGUGGCCUUGACAUUGGACUUGGCAGAGGGCAUUGGAGACUGUCACUUUCUUGUCUCUUUCAUCCAGAACUCACUGCAUGCGAGCCCCUGAAUGUCACCAGGGUAAACUCAAAAAGGCCACUUUGCUUGACAAGGACGUUGAUCCCUUAGGGCACUGAUUUUCAAAAGUUGUUUUGACUGCAGAACUUUUUUUCCAAUUGAAAGGGCCCUCAGAACCCUGGACAAAACAGCUGCUCUGGUGGAGAAGGAGGUGGGGGUGUCCCCCAGGGUACUGGUGACUCAGUCUUCCCCCCGACCCAAGCCAAUUCCAACUGGCAGGCCUGAGGCACUGUUCUGCAGGCACCAGCUGGUUGAAAGCUUCAGCCCUGGGUGGGUUUAAGAGUCUGAAGCCAGGACCUGAGGAGCCCAGAGGCAGAAGCUAGUGCCUUAAUGCCCACCUCACUGGCAGCCUUACCUGUGACCUCAUCGCCAUAGCCUGGUCCCCAGUCAUGUAAACUCAGAACUUUGUGUUCAUCGGGGCCCCCAGAAAUAAGAUUCCAGGAGAGUAACAACCACCCCCAACCAAAGUCACCGUCAACUGGACGCCUGUCCAUUCAUCAAGGAAGAAGUCCUAUUUAUAAGUGUAUGACCUUGGGCAAGAGUUUAACUCCUUGUGCCUUAGGACUUGGUGUGAAGGUGCUUGGGGUGAGCACCUGGGGUGAGGAUUGGGAACUUUGCUGAUUGGUGGCUGCUAAUCAUAAAAGUUUAUGCUCCUGGGUCCUGGGUCUUGUUUGAAUCUCUGCAGAGCAUUUGUUGUGUGACAUUGGGCAAGUUAUUUAACCUCCCUGUAAAACUGAAGAAAUAACAGAUGCUGGCACAUAGGGUCGUUGUGAGUGUAAAAUGAGUUAAUCUGCGUAGGGGCUUGGAACAGGGCCCUGCAAGUAGUGGGCGCUGUGUGCCUGAACUCUCUUUCUAUCGUUGUUAGUGUUAUUCCUGCCAGCAUGGACAUCCAUUCAUGCAUUCAUCUGCCCUCCAGCCAGCUAGCAUUUACUGAGUGCCUGCUGUAUACCAGUAGGAAAAAUCACCUGAUGCUGGCAAAGAUUGAAGGCAAAAGGAAAAGAGAGCGGCAGAGGAUGAGAUGGUUAGAUAGCAUCAUUGACUCUAUGGACAUGAACUUGAGUGGGAGAUAGUGGGGGACAGGGAAGCCUGGUGGGCUGCAGUCCAUGGGGUCACAAAGAGUCGGACAUGACUUAGCAACUGCAUACCAGAUGCUGUGGUACACCCUGGGGAUUCAGUGGCCUGGGUUUGCUCUUAGGGUUAAAGACUUUGGUCCUCAGCUGGCGGCCAUGGGGUGCACCCCCUGCACACAAAGGGUUGAGCUGGCUCAAAUGAGGAGACGGUCGUGGGGUGGGGAGUGGCAGGGGCUGCCAGAGGGUCUUUAGGGAUGGAAGGGGAGGCUGGAGAGGGCCUGGACUUGGUGACUGCCUGGGGUGAGGGACGGAGGAGAGAGGACGUGAGCGCGCCUCCUGUUUCUGAUUUGGGCAACCGGGCACCAGCGAUGACAUUUAGGGGAAGAACACUGGAGGAGGAGCAGGCUGACUGCAAAGGAUGGGCAAGGUUUGGCCUCGCCGAGGCUCAUCUGCCUGCUGUGGAAGGCCAGGCACACUGAGCUUCACACAGACACUCCCCACUGUUUUCCCGAUGGUGGCAGCUGACGUCAGUGAACUUCACGCCACGUGCCGGGAACUUUGCACGUGUCACUUACUUCUGACAAUCCUUCCUGGCCCAGACGAUCACUGCCCUCCUACCGAUGUGAGAUCAGGGGCUCAGCCGUGAAGGGACCAGCCCCCAGCACGCAAGGCUGCAGAUGGGUGUGUCUGACCCGAGGCCUUUCCAGACACUCGGCAGGUCCUUGGGAAGCCUGGAGUGGUCAGGGUGAUGCUCACACCAUGCCAGGCCCUUGUCCGAACUUUAUGAACUUAACACAACUCCUUGACUCCUCACGGCCACCCCUUUGAGGAAGGCCUGGUGUUAGCUCAGAUUUCUGUAAUGGACAGAGUGAGGCACUCAGAUACCAUGCCCAGAGCACAUGGCUGGUGACAGGCAGAGCCAGGGCUGGCACCCCGGCAGGCUGGCCCAGAGCUGAUGACUGACUUCCAGAGGGAAAACAGCCCGGGGCACCAGCAGCCCCCCAACCACCCCAGGACCAGGUGCAGGGCGCAGACGCCAGGCUCCAAUUAUGGUCCAUUUAUUCCACCCAGUGGCCACUGCUGGAAUUGGCUUUAUCCCUGCUGUCACUGGCAGGCUGUGAACUCAGCCCCGCCCCUCUCAGCCGCCUGCUCUGGGCCUCCAUCUCUCUCCAUUCCAGUUUGUCCUCUAGUUUCAGACACGACUGAGCGAGCAACACACUUCAGUUGUCACCCCCCAGGCCUGCAGGCUAAACUCUAUGCACUUUGGUCUGGCACUUAAGAGAUCAGGAAGCGAAUUUCCAGGUGGAAAUCAGCAGGCAGGAGGUGUGUGGGGGCGCCCUUAGAAACCUACCUUGUGAGGUGGUGCGCAGGAAAGAACCCAUCUGCCAAUGCAGGAGAUGCAGGAGACCCAGGUUCCAUCCCUGGGUGGGGAAGAUCCCUUGAAGGAAGGCAUGGCAACCCACUCCAGUAUUCUUGCCUGGAGAGUUGCAUGGACAGAGGAGCCUGGUGGGCUACAGUCCAUGGGGUCGCAAAGAGUCAGACACGACUGAAGUGACUUAGCACGAGGGAAGGGAGGAGCAGGCUUGGGCAGAGAGGGAGGAGUUGAGCUGUGAGGCAGUCGUGACCAUCCUGCGGGCAGCUCUGGAGCUGGGGUGGCCAUUAAAGAUGUCCCCCUGAGGGA